AUGUUAUAUCUCCACGAAAUCAAAUCAAUGACUUUACUUGCCUCAGGAACAAAGGGGAAGCAGAAAACACCGACUCCACCACACCGGUUAAUUUCGAGUGUUAAGGUUCCUGUGACUUUUCUUGAGCGACCAAAGGAGGAUUUCACUAAGAAAUAUGGAGGUGGGAAAGUUGCUACAACUGUUGGUAACAGUCUUAACAAAGAAUUGGAGGUCAAGGAUGUGAUGAUGGAGAACAUUGAGAAGGUUCUUCAUCGUGGAGAAAAGAUUGAACUUCUGAUGGAUAAAUCAGAGAACCUUCACUCUCAGGCCUUACCUUUGGCUUUAGCUAAGCUUUAUUUAUGUUUGGAAGACAUCAAUAACAAAAUAAGCACACCUCUGUUCUAUUGA